AUGGAUGGAAUGAAUGUGGAGGAAUGGGGCAAAGAUGCGAAAGGCAUGAGCACGUUCGACGGCCAGCAGUCGAGCUCGGGGAGGGGGGAGCACCGUGGGUACCCACAAGACCUGGCACUAAUGGACAGCAGCGACCCACGCGCCUGGCUGGCUCCCGUGCAGCCUGCCACCUGCGCGGCACACGCCGAGUACCUGUUGCACUCGCCCGGCUCCAGCGUGGAAGGCGUGUCCCCUUCGGCAAGUCACGGCUCGAGCUACAGGAAGAGCACCAAGAGCCCCGCCAAAGUGCGCGACCUCUGUCGACUUAAGGGCGUCGCGGGAACGGAGGAGGGCAGACAGAGAGCUCCGUCCAGCAAACCAGCGAACGUGGUGCAGAAACAGAGGCGCGUGGCGGCCAAUGCGCGCGAGAGACGGCGGAUGCACGGACUGAAUCAUGCUUUUGACGAGCUGCGCAGCGUCAUUCCGGCUUUCGACAACGACAAGAAGCUGUCCAAGUACGAGACGCUGCAGAUGGCGCAGAUCUACAUCAACGCGCUGUCGGACCUUUUGCAGGGUCCAGGUGCAACGGCGGAGUCGCCAAAGUGCGAGCUCAGGUCCACCGCUGCCUACGACGAGGACAGCAGUCCUCGGGGACCAUCGUCUUCCUCGUGUCGGAGAGGAAUAGCCACAGCGUACCCGGUGCAGCUCAACGCGAUGCCAUUCCCAUACGACAGCGGGGCGUUCACGGCGCUACUAGGACAGGAGAUGCUGUCUCCCACAGACACGGCCAAGUCGCCCUCCGAGGACAGCAAAGACUCGCCCCGUUCGAACCGCAGCGACGGAGAGUUCUCCCCGCACUCGCACUUCAGCGACUCGGACGAGACACACCUGGAGCUACAGAGCGAAGACGAGCUCCCAGAACUCAAACUCACCAGCCACCAUACCUAUUGAUGUCUCGCCUCAAUAAUUUCUGCAGUGGGCUUAUCCCCUCUUCUUUAAUUACGUUACAUAAGAAAAAACUUUAACA